AUAUUAUUCCAAGGCAAACUAGGGUCCCUUUCUCUCCCACAUUUGAGUAAUUGAUUCUUGACCCGAUCUCCUCCGCCUCUCUCUCUCUGUCUCUCUCUCUCUUGGAUCUUCAGAAACCUUUGGAAAAAUGGUGAGAGGAUUGGUGAACAAGCUCGUCUCUCGUUCUCUCUCCAUCGCCGGUAAAUGGCAGCAACAACAGCUCCGCCGCCUCAACAUCCAUGAGUACCAGGGGGCUGAGUUGAUGGGCAAAUAUGGGGUCAAUGUUCCGAAAGGUGUUGCGGUUUCUUCUCUUGAUGAAGUCAGAAAGGCGAUUCAGGGUGUAUUUCCCAAUGAAAGCGAGUUGGUGGUCAAAAGCCAAAUUUUGGCUGGUGGAAGAGGCUUGGGAACCUUUAAAAGUGGUCUUAAGGGUGGAGUUCAUAUUGUUAAGGCUGAUCAGGUUGAAGACUUAGCUGGGAAAAUGCUUGGGCAGAUUCUUGUUACCAAACAAACUGGUCCCCAAGGCAAAGUUGUCAGCAAGGUAUACUUGUGUGAAAAGUUGUCACUCGUCAAUGAGAUGUACUUUGCUAUUACUCUGGAUCGUAACACUGCUGGUCCGCUUAUAAUUGCCUGUAGAAAGGGGGGAACCAGCAUUGAAGACCUUGCAGAAAAAUUCCCUGAUAUGAUUGUAAAGGUUCCCAUUGAUGUUUUUACUGGAAUUACUGAUGAAGAUGCUGCAAAGGUUGUUGAUGGCUUGGCUCCCACGGUGGCUGAUAGAAAAGAUUCAAUUGAACAAGUGAAAAAAUUAUACGAACUAUUUUGCAAGUGUGACUGCACACUAUUGGAAAUCAAUCCCAUUGCGGAGACUGCUGAUAAGCAGUUGGUAGCUGCUGAUGCUAAGUUGAACUUUGAUGACAAUGCUGCCUUUCGUCAGAAAGAGAUAUUUGCUCUCCGUGAUCCAUCACAGGAGGAUCCUCGGGAGGUAGCUGCUGCUAAAGCAGAUUUAAAUUACAUUGGCUUAGAUGGAGAGAUUGGUUGCAUGGUGAAUGGUGCAGGAUUGGCAAUGGCCACCAUGGACAUUAUAAAAUUGCAUGGGGGAACUCCUGCCAAUUUUCUAGACGUAGGUGGGAAUGCUUCUGAAGGCCAGGUGGUUGAGGCAUUUAAAAUAUUGACUUCUGACGAUAAAGUGAAAGCAAUUUUAGUGAACAUUUUUGGAGGAAUAAUGAAAUGUGAUGUAAUAGCAAGUGGAAUUGUCAAUGCUGCAAAACAGGUUACGCUGAAAGUACCAGUGGUGGUUCGUCUUGAAGGCACAAAUGUUGACCAGGGAAAGAGAACACUAAAGGAAAGUGGGUUGGCAUUGAUUACAGCAGAUGACCUUGAUGAUGCUGCUGAGAAAGCAGUUAAAGCAUACAAGUGAGGGAUCCCCCUGGUUCUCUAUAUAACUUUCUGUUUCAGCAUUAUUCUUUUUGUGGUGAAACUGAUACCAUCUGAUUGUCCUGUUGCGGGAAUACAUAUAGACAUAAUCAGUAAAAUGGGAAUUGAUGUGAGAUUCUGAUCAAAUCUGUAACAGUUGAUAAAGCUUUCCCAAUAAGGAUGGCUUCCCUCAAAUUAUGAGAGAAUUUUCUGCGUU